AUGGCCACAGUGACGAGGUACAGCUGCAGGAACAAUCCACUGAUCGGAAGAGUGCAAUGUCAGCGUGAGGACUGGCAAGACAAAUCACGCACUGAUCAUUCACGAGCGGAGUGGCAUCGGCAUUGCCAUCUGUCGCCUCAGCUCUGCACAGCAUUUGAGGUGUUUUAUGACGGAUCAUGGCAUGGAGUCAAUUGUAUAAGGAUAAGGAGUGGCAACCUGUUUGUUAAAUUUAUCUACUCUGGAUCCACAGUUGAGCAUAAUGUUGACGGGGAUUGUCUACGCUUACGGUCGAGAAGGGCAACAUGUUCUGAUUGUACAAAUGUUCUCAGGCCAGGUGUUGAUGUCUGUGUUCUGUCACCUCAUACACUCCAAGAAAGUUUGCAAGGGAAAACAAAAGCUUCUGUGUUAUUGUGUCAUGAUGCAAGGCUUAUCACAAUCAAGAAGAAUCAUCAAGAAGAUAAAUGUCUCUGCUUGUUUGCUGUUAUGCUCUACAAAAACCAGUGUCCUGGCAAUGCAGAAAAAGUGGUAACUGAUAGAAGAGCAGAGGUAGUAACCAUAAAUAAUGUUUUCCUCUUGCAAAAGCUCCAAUCUGAGGACUUCCAAGAUGGAAGCAUGAAAUGGAGUUCUUCGGAGGAUCGCCUCUCUCUCAAUAGAGGCAAGCUAUUAAGUGCUAGAUUCUCCUCAGAAAUUACACAUCUGAUAGUCUUGUCAAUCUUGAGGGGAAUGGAAUUCAACAUCAAGUUGGUAGAUUGUCAGAUUGUUUAUCAAAUAAUCAAAAGAGACCAAUCACGAUAUAGUCUUGAUUCCAUGGCCAUACCUCCAGGAUUUGGCAAUACCAUGGAGAUAAUAUCAUUCCAACUCCGUGAUGAGGCUUUGUGGCCAACAAUCAGAAAUAUCCCUAUCACUCAUGUGGAAAAGAACAAUAUCACAGAAGACAAGAGAUUCACUGUGAAGAGUGAAAUGGAUAGUGAAUUGGAUGUUGAGGUCUUGUAUGAGCAUGUGGAUCUGAGGCGUUCAAAGCGCCUGAAAACUCAACCAGAUCGCUUUAUGAGUUACCAUGCACCUAGAUUCCUUGGUGGCUACAAGAAGAAAGAAACAAGUUCAUCACCCAUCAAACAUGUAAGGGGAGCUUUGCAUUGUGAUUUACCGGUAGAAGUAGAAUCGUGCUGUGUAGAGAUUCCAGUGCAUAUUACACAGAAGCAAACAGGUGUAUACUCUUCCAUGGUCAAUGAAAAGACAAGCUCUCCAGAAGGACAACAUAAGAACACAAUGAAGGGAACGGCAUGCUCUUUGUCUGUGAAGGAAAAACCAUGCUCUCUAGAUGGACAGCAUAAGAACAUAACGAACGGAACUAUAUGCUCUUUGCCUGUCAAGGAAAAAACAUGCUCUCCAGAAGGACAGCAUAAGAACUCAACGGACAGAACUACAUGCUCUUUGCCUGUGAAGGAAAAACCAAGCUGUCCAGAAGGACAGCAUAAGAACACAACGGACAGAACUACAUGCUCUUUGCCUGUGAAGGAAAAACCAAGCUCUCCAGAAGGAAAACAUAAGAAUACAAUGAAGAGAAGUACGUGCUCUUUGCCUGUGAAGGCAAAACCAAGUUCAGUGGAAGUAGAGGACAAAAGCGCAAAAGAGCAAAGUGGAGUGGAGCUUCACAUUCCACGGACACCUGCACAGAAUAAGGAGAAACAUAAUUAUCCUGCUUUUUCAUGUAAACCAAAGCUAUUUAGUUCAUCAGGCAUCCUAGGUGGUAAUUGUGAACCAGCAUUCUGCCGAAAGGUGGGGAGGAAAAGAAAGAGUCACAUGUGCGAGAGAGAAUGCAAACAAAUGAUUGACCAAUGCAUAGGAAACAUCCAAAGUGAAAUGGAGAGGGACUCCAAGCUCAACUUAGAUGUCAAUAUGAUGAAUUACAUUCUGCAUUCUUAUCGAGAAGAGGAUUUUACAUGGCCACCUUCUGCUGAUAACCAAGAGGAGGUGGAUGAGCUUGAAGAACUGUGGAAAGAAAUGGAUUAUUCAUUGACAACAUUAGCACUUCUCGAGAAAAAGCAGCUUGCAGAGUCAGAAUCAGGUAAUGAGAACACUGAUCUUUUUGGAAAAAAUGGAGGAAUACCAUGUCAUCAUGAAUACACACUGGAUGAGGAGCUUGGACUAGCAUGCAGAAUAUGUAAUGUUGUAUGCACUGAGGCAAAGGAUAUAUUUCCAGAAAUGUUCAAUGGAAACGACUACAAGGACAGAUCUGGAUCCAGCAAUAUUUGCCUUGAUGAUCAUGUACUUGACCCUUCUCUUCUUGCAAACUUUGCACCAGACUUGUCAGAAUCAAAGAGCUCUGAGAGCGUGUGGAGUGCAAUAGCUGAUCUUGAUCCAAAGCUGCUUCCUCACCAGAGAAAAGCACUCGACUUUUUGUGGAAGAAUUUGGCAGGGUCGAUCCAAGUUGAAGGAAUGGACAGCUCAAAAGUCAGUACAGGUGGCUGUGUGAUAGCCCACACUCCUGGAUCUGGGAAAACACUGCUGAUUAUCUCAUUUCUUGUGAGUUACAUGAAAGCUCACCCAAGAAGCCGGCCGUUGGUCCUUACUCCAAAAGCCGCAAUCAAUACGUGGAGGAGAGAAUUUCAGAAAUGGAGCAUAUCACUUCCUUUACAUGUGUUUCACCACGCUAGCAGAAGUGGCAAGCCAAUGAGCGCAGUUGAUUCUAAACUGCAGUCAUUCUUGAAGAAUUUUCACAGGCCAACCUGGACAAAUAUGCGCCUUAUGGAUUCUUUGGACAAACUAGUCAAGUGGCAUGCACAUCCAAGCGUUCUCCUCAUGACAUACUCUUCUUUCUUAGGGAUGACGAAACAAGACUCAAAAGUGAGAAACCGAGGCCGAGAAUUUGUCGCAGAGGUUCUGAUGAACAACCCUGGGAUAUUGAUUCUUGACGAGGGUCACAACCCAAGAAGCACCAAAUCUAAGUUGAGGAAACUUCUGAUGAAGGUGAAGACAGAAUUCAGAAUCCUCUUAUCUGGCACAGCCUUCCAGAACAACUUUGAAGAGUACUACAACACCCUAUGUUUGGCUAGACCUUGGUUUAUCGGCCAUAUUAUGAGUGAACUAGUACCAGAGAGGAAAAAGGAAACACUUAAAAGGAAAACCAAACUUCAAGAAGCAGUGGCACGCCGUGCCUUUGUGGAAAAAGUGGGGCAAAAGAUCGAGUCUAGCAACAAACAUGACAGAAUCGAUGGCAUAUUUUUGUUAAACAAGCUUACUCGUGGAUUUAUAGAUUCAUUUGAGGGAGCAAAGCUGAUCAACCUUCCAGGGAUACAUGUAUACGCCGUGUUCAUGAAACCUACAGACAUUCAGAAGGAGAUACUGGCAAAGGUAACAAUGCCCAAGCUUGGUUGCUCCCGAUUCCCUCUAGAGGUUGAGCUGCUCAUCACAAUUGGUUCCAUCCAUCCUUGGCUCAUAAGAACGACGAAGGCCGUGAACACUUUCUUCAGUCCAGCAGAAGUAGAGAAGGUUAACAGGUGCAAGUGGGACUUGGCUGCGGGUUGCAAGGCCAAGUUUGUGAUCGAUCUGCUGCACAAGUCGUCGUUCAGAGGGGAGAGGGUGCUGAUCUUCUGCCACAACGUGUCCCCGAUCACGUUUCUGGUGAAGCUGAUAGAGAUGGUGUUGGGAUGGCGUCUCGGGGAGGAAGUGCUGGUGCUUCAAGGUGAUCAAGAACUGCCUGUUCGAUCGGAUGUCAUGGAUAAGUUCAACUGUGACACUGCAGGGAAGAGGAAGGUGCUGAUUGCAUCGACAACAGCGUGCGCUGAGGGUAUCAGCUUGACAGGCGCGUCGAGGCUGGUGAUGCUGGAUUCAGAGUGGAACCACUCCAAGACGAGGCAGGCGAUAGCACGGGCGUUCCGGCCUGGGCAGGAGAGGACGGUGUAUGUCUACCUCCUUGUGGCGUCUGGGACAUGGGAGGAAGACAAGUACAACAGCAACCGGAGGAAAGCCUGGAUAUCAAAAAUGGUGUUCCUGGGACGCUAUGUUGAUGAUCCCUUGCAAAACCGUGUGACUGCCAUCGAUGAUGAUGUCUUGAAGGAGCUGGCCGAUGAAGAUGACACCGGCAGUUUCCAUAUGAUUGUCAAGCAAGACUGACUGACUCUACUUGUACUUUUGCUGCCUGCACUUAGUACUUAUUGGUAUUAUGUCUGUAGUUAUCCUCCCAGGAGGGAUUGGAUGGGUUAUCCUUAGCAUUGUACUCCUAAUUACCUCCAACUAAGUU